AUGGUUCCUGUCCAGACUGAAAACGAGCCUUUUUAUGUUAUCGCUGAAGCUCCGGUCGGCCGUCAAUUUACUGGCUACGCGAAUCCAGUGCGAUUUUAUGUUCACCGUCGUGUUAGCGAAAUCCUCUCGGAAGUCGUCAAGCACGAAUCGUCGCUAAUUGACGAAGAAAAAACUCCGCACUACACUGCUCUUAUCAAGCAAGGUUUCAACAUCACCUUUUUGCGCGCUGAGCUCGACUGCGAGACCGAAAAAGAAAAAGAAGACUUUGCCAGGCUUCCACAAGAUCUUUUCCAAAACUACCGACUCAAAUUCAAGAUCAUCGGUUACAAAGAAAACGCUGCCACCACGAAUCCUACAGAAUACAAGAAAAGCCCAUUGGACAUUCCCGGCGUUUUCAUCUUCUCUGAAUGCACUCCACUUUAG